CAUUUUCCUAAUUGAUACUUGUACUUGGAUCCAUAACAAGAAACAGUGUAAAAUUUAGAUUGGAGGUUGAAUUGUGAAUUUUUAAUUUAUUUUAAAGUGUUUAAUUAAGUGAUUACAAAAUGACAAUUCACAUUGACUCUCUUCCAAAUGAAAUUAUUUUAGAGAUUUUCGAAUACUUAUAUGAAUUGAUGGACAUGAUUAACUGUUCUUACGUGUGUAAAAGAUGGCGGUGUCUAGCACUCUACAGAUUAAGCCGAGUUAAAGGUCUAUGUGGUCCUUACUGUGAAUACACAAUAUGUUCUGAUAUUAUAUCGGCGAACGUUAAUGAAAGCGAAUACAAAAUUACAAAAUUAUUACCCAAUUUAAAGAUUAUCGAUAGUUUAUUUGACGGGAGAGGACUUACAGUUAGAUUUACUCAUGCUUUAGUGCACUUGAAACAAUUACGAGCAGUUCGUUUAUACUAUCCUCAUUUGCUUGCCAGAGCCACGGUACUUCCCACUAAGAUCCACAGCGUCAACACGCACUAUUCUCGACGCUAUUUUGGUCUUAUAGCAUCUCAACUUGGUCCACAGCUCAAGCAACUGUAUCUUAUGAUAUUUCCUUUUCGUGAACUUGCUACUUAUGCCCACUUGAUGCCUUUAUUGAUCCGAUUGCACUUGCAACUUAAACCAGUUGAGCCUGACGUUUACUACCAUGGACCCGAACUGAGUAAUUUGCAAAUAUUAGAACUUGUAGCAAAAAAUCAAAAUGGAGUCAUUUCACUCAACCUCGCGUUGUAUAUGCUAAACUAUUGUCCAAAAUUGAAAAGUGCUUAUUUCUGUUUACGAACUGAGAAAUUUUGUAAGAAACUUUACCCUUCAAGAAUUGACAGACACACUAAUUUGGAAGAUUUGGUUCUGAUAUUUCAUACAAAUAGACAAUGGAGAAAUCCCGAUUAUUGGAACUUCCUGAUUGUGGCAUUGACGAAAUUCCCCAAUUUGAAACAUCUUGCUAUCAGAGAUAAUUGUCGGCUUACUGAAGGUGUAAUCAUUCAAAUCUUGGAGCGACUUCCAAAUUUGAGAAUAUUAGACGUCCGAGGAGCAUUAGUUGAUUCAGAAACUUUGAUUCAAACUGCCAAUUCUAAGCGCGAAAAGCCUGUUGAAAUAUUCCUUGGAUUUUAUCAAAUGCGUUACGUUCCGACAAAUAGAAUGAAUCCGAAAUUAGAUUUCAUGAGACAUUGUUUCUUUGUGAAUGAAUUUCCAGGUCUUCCCAGACUAUUUGAUCUUGAAGAAGAAGAAGAUGAUGAAUGAUAGAAUGUAUGAUUCCCCUAGACUUUGAUCUGAGUAUUUUUUUAUUGGACAAUUAACUUCAUCCCAAUGCUAAUUUACAUUUACACCAAAAAUUAUUUAUGACUUCUUAAAAUUAAUUAAUAAAUUAUAUGCAAUUGAAGUAUCAAUUUUAGGUACUUUUAAUUUCCAUCUUCAAUUGUAAACCAAUUAAGGCUCAUUAUUACAACCAUCAA